GUAUUCCCGCCUUUUCUCGUCGAAGCUCGCGCGCGCGUUCGCAGUUUCCGAACAAAAUACGCGACGUGAAAUUAAAAAAAAAACAGCUUUUCUUAAUUCAAAAAUUUUGUAUCCACUUCGAAUAAUAAAAAUUUUUCGUGAUAUUCGGUUAUCGAAAAUGCUUUUGAUGUAUUGAUUGCGAGUAUUUGCGAGUUUCCCGAUUUAAUAUAGUUUCAGGCAGUCGCUGGGGUAAUGACGAGAAUGCGGCUUCUGUGGUGCCUUCUGGUCACCUGCGCUUUAGCAAGUGAGGAUGAAGGAAGGGCCAAGAAGCAACCAAUUGUCGUGGACGCUGUUGGAAAUACAUUACCACCACCAUCAAAUGUUCCAGCCACGGUCGGAAGUCCAGUGAAUCUAUUGACUCCAGAUCGAUAUGAAUUCUACACUUUCGAUGAGUCUGGUGAAUUAGUGAAGAGACUGAUGACCCUUGAGGAGAUUCAGGCAAUAGUGGCUGCAGGAGAAGAAGCAGAGGGUUUGGUCACUUUUGCUAAUGAUAAUCAACCAACUAUGGCUUUCAACUUUAGCCAGCCAUCUCAUAAUAAAGUACACAGUGUAGUCACAAACGUUCAAAAUGUCUUAAAAGCUCAGAUGGAAGCACAUAAAAAUAAUCCUGUAGCUCAACCUACAUUAGACACUCCUGAUGUUUCUGACUCUUGGAGUUUGAUUCUGCCAUCUAUAUUUGGAAACACAGGUCUCGAUAUUGUGCCAGAUAAAAUACCCAACAUCAUUACUCCUCCUGAGACCGAUACAUUAGAAUUUAACGACUCCAGUUUAGAUGUAGAGUCUAUGAGUAAAGAAGGAGUGCACGAUAUUUCCAGCAAUACGACAACUACUAAAACAGAUGAUUCAGUUAAUCCUGUUUUAACUUCAGUUGUACCACUUACCGAAGAAAUUAAAACUACUCCAUUAACAAUAACAUCAACAAUGAUUACAACUACGAAAAAAAAUGAUCCUAUAACCACUACACCUUCACCCACAACCUCAACUACUGUUUCUCGCCCAACGUCUACUACUACAAUUAAAACGACGACAAUAACCACGACAAAACCUACUAGAAUAACUACCACAACUAUAAAGUCAUCUACUGCAAAAGUCACGACUGCUAGACCAAUUACAAAAUUACCAACACUUACUUUAAAAGAUGUUACAACGCCUAUAACGGUUUCUUCAAUUAUAACUAGUGAAACUCAAGAUGUUUCUACAACCACAAAAUUACCUUCAAUCGUCACUAAUAAAAUACGUGCGACAACAAGUAAACCUAAAACAACAUCACCCCAAUCAACCAGUUUUAUUACAACAUCAGUGCCAAAAUCUACAUCUACAUUAACAGUUGAAAAGUAUAUUUCGAAACUAACAACAUCUAAACCUCUUACUACGAAGAAACAACAUAUUGUAUCUACAACAACACCAAAAAUAUUUGAAUUGAAUAAAAAUAUAAUUGAAGUAUUAAAUAACAACACCGAUGUCGAAAAAAAUACAGUGCAGUAUGAAAAAAUAAGUACACUAAUUCCUAUAUCUACUGUAACUGCCACAACAGAGAAAACAACACCAAAGCUACAAACUAGCAAACCAAUCGAGACAUCCAUAAAUGGGACAACAAUAAUAGUUAGUAGCACAACAGAAAGUAUUAACACGUCAUCGCAUCAAAGUCUUGGUAUAACUACAUAUAAACCAACAACAAAAGAAUUUGAUUAUAUUUCAUCUACAGCAUACAGUCAAGAUCUCGAUAAAUCGAAUACAACCACUGUAACUACUCAGUCAGUAUCACCAUCAACCACAGUGUCCUCAACUGAAUUUAUAACAGUUGGAAAUAUACAAAGUAGUGAUUUUACAGGAAAUAAGCCCGUUGAAGAAAAUCUCGGUAAUAUAAAUAAUGAACCAGACAUACCUUUAUUCGACGUUGCUCAAAGUAUAAGUCAAAUUGCUUCUGAUCUUGGAGGAAGUUAUAUGCCUUUACCCACUGUUAGCAAUUUAUUGGAUACAACAAAAUUAAAUCAGAUAGAUUUAGAAAGUAAAGAAAAUUUUGAAAUGGAAAUAAUGCCUGAUAAUGUUACCAAAAAUAUAAAUAUUUCAGAUAACAACACUGACAAUUUUGUUAAAAUAUCAACUAUAGACCCUCAUGAUAGAAACAUCAAUAAUGUUACUAUUGAAAAUAAAAUCCACAAUAAUAGUGAAAUACAAGCUGGUACAACGGAGAGCAAUAUAAUGACAUCAUUUGAAAGUACUACAAUGGAUAAAAUUUUAUCAGAGUCAAUGGGAGAUCUUUUAUCUCAAGUAGUAAAUGAAGCACCUCAAACAGUUCAAGACUCGGGUAAUAAUGUGAACUCUGUAAAUAAAGUAACUACAACAGAAAAGAACCCAGAAAGCACUACAAGUGUGAACUUUUCAGAAACUAUUACAACAACUUCCGCCAUUUUACAAACAAAUGUUGAAAGUGAAAAAUCAGAAAAUGAUAUUCCAAGUCUUGAAAAGACAACAUCUUUAGUGAUGUACUCCACUACAGAAACAUCAGAAAUUGUAAAUAGUAAAACAAAUCUUCCAGAAAAAAAUCAAAUUAAGGAAGAUCAAACUUAUGUAAAAAUAUCAGAAAUAAAAGACAAAAAUGAGUCAAUUUUUAUGAUACCAGAGAAAACUAUUUCAUUGAACAACAUGACACUGAUUAACGAGGACAAUAAAACGGAAUCUCUCUUCAAAAACACAAGUAAGAUUACGAUGUCAAAUACAACAACUUCUCCAUUACUAAAUAACGAUUCCGCUACUUUAAGUAAUAUUUCUCUAGAGCCCUUGUUUUCUAAUAAAACUAAACAUGAUAAGAACGAGUCUUCAAUUAUUAAUACUAAUGAUAACACCACUAUUAAAAUAACGGAUAGCUUACCUAAAAUUGAAGAUUUUAAAAAGAAAAUUCAGAAAGUUAAUAUUGAUGACAAGGAAUUAGUUAACGAACGCAAUAAUUCCUGGAAAUUGAUAUCUACGGUAUCACCUCCAAAAGUUAAUGUACUUAAAGAUAAAUUGAAAAAUAAUGUUAAAAAUCCUUUAAAUAAUAAUUCAAAUAAAGAUAUUGUAUUAGAUUUUUCAAAAGAAAACCAAGGUUUAGAAGUUACCACAAAAGAUCUGGAAGAAGAUAUUGCCAAAUUCUCAGAAUUAUGUAAUGAACUUGCAUUUAGGUAUUGGAAUACAAUAAUUGAGAAUAUUGAUAAACGUAGAAGUUUUGUGUUAUCACCCUACUCGAUCACUUCAAUGCUUGCCAUGAUGUUUAUGGGUGCGAGAGGUGCUACUUCCGGUGAAAUGAAUGAUAUUUUGAAACUAGAUGAUAUGGUUACAUUUAACCCACAUUUUACAUUGAAAAAUAUAUCAGAUUCAAUAGAAACUACACCCCAGUCAGGUGUAAUGGUUUCAGCUUUUAUAAGAGAACUUUAUAGUGAUAGAAGUAAAGGAAAAAUUUUAACUUUUUACAAAGAAAGGGCACAACAAUUUUAUAAUGGACAUGUUGAAGAGAUAAAUUUCAAGUUAAUUAGCGACAUCAUUAGAAGGAGAACUAACUUGUUAGUAAAAAGAUACACUUGGGGUAAAAUCUCAGAAUACAUGAAAACUAAUACGAUAACUAUGCAGCCACCAUUAGCUGCUUUUUCUGCGAAUAUUUUCCAGACCGAUUGUACCGGAUCAUCAGUAGAAGGUAGAGAUGGAGAAAUGUACUUCGUAGUUUCACCUACGGUUCGUCAAAGACGUCUUGUGCCUGUUCCUGCUGUUGUCUACAGAGGUGGUUUCUUGGCAGGUUAUGAUCCAGUAUUAGAUGCCACUGCUGCUGCCUUGGGCAACACAAACUCUAUUAUCAGUACCUUGUUCGUUAUGCCAGGACAACAAGGAAACAUUGUACAUGCUGAAGAUUUAGAGACCCUAGAACAACGUUUACUUGAUGCAAAUCCAUCAACACCAUCUUGGAAUCGCCUUUUACGAACAUUACUCCCUAGAGUUGGUCUAGAACUUCAGAUACCAAGGUUUUCUCAUAAGUCAAUUUUCAAUAUUUCUUCCACUUUAAGAUAUAUGGGCUUGAAAGACCUAUUUGAUGCAGAUCAUGCUGAUUUAGGAGGGUUAAAUGGCCCGUCUAAAGAUCUUUAUUUAUCUGACAUGAUUCAGUCUACAACAUUUGUUACUUGCGGAGAGGAUGUCAUCGGCGAACAGCACCAUGUAGAAGAAUAUCCAGAAUCCGUAGGAAAUAUUGUUAGACGACGAUCUUCGCGAUGGGCACCUGCUUGGGACGAACCUAGAGAUUACCAACGAGCCUUCCAUGACCCACACGACGUGGGUGAAGCUAUGCAUUUGCCAUUACAUCUUCGCCCAAGGCAAGCGAGGCUUCCAUCAAGGAAUGCUCAACCAGCUAGAUUAAAAUUCGACAGGCCAUUCUUAUAUUUCGUUAGACAUAAUCCUUCCGGUAUGAUUUUGUAUGUCGGGCGAUACAAUCCUAGACUCCUGCCUUGAAGUUAUCAGACAAGACUGUUAAUCUAGUGUAAUUUAAUCCUAUAAGGAAAGUGAUAAGGGGACAAUUGGUGUGUGUGAUAUAUUAGUGCUUCAUGGUUGAGCAUUUUUAUGACAGUAUUAAUUAAUAAAUGAGUGAGGGAUAUCAAAGUUGCCGUCAACAGCAUAUCUGUGUACAAAAUAAUGACGACGGUAUUAGUUUAAUUAAUGCCUGCACAGUUUGUAUUUUAAUGCAAUUACAGUAGUGUAUUUGAUGAAAUAAUAAUAGUUUCAUCUUUAAAAUAGUUUCUAUUAGAAUAAACUCGAUGUUUUAUGAUAUUGAUUUAGUAUUCAUUUAUAAAUAGUAUUCCCUGCAUUCCUCAUGAAAUUUCUUUAAGUCUAUACAUUCAGGAGUUGGUACUACUACUGGACAAUCCUGAAAAUAAGUGAUUACAAAUGUAAAAUAAAAUAUGGAAA